AUGGAGGGAUCGAUGACAUCUGCUCAAGGCACCAGGGCUACGGCCAGGCAGAGGACGAGGGAGCUCGUGGAGAGCGCUCUGGACACACGCAGUCUGCCUGGUCUGCCCUCCUCGUAUGCUUUCCAUCCGCACCAGCCCCUGCUCUACUUCAUCGGCCGUCGCGAGGGGGACAAGUCGUCGUCGCUCUACUUCACCACCCUCCCCUCCCCAUCUUCUGCCGUGCCCGUCGAGGGUUUGCACAAAGAAGAAGGCCAGUGGCAGCCUCUCCUGCAGGCACCCGCCACCUCGUCGGGGCAGGAGAAAUUGUCCAAAGAAGAAGAGCUGCUGCGUGAGCGCAUGCGUUCUUUUGACUCGGGCAUCACGUCGUUCGACCUGCACAAGGAGAGUUGCCAGUUGCUGAUUCCUGCCGCGGGCAAGCUGUACACGGUUGAUGUAUCCCAGCAUACGCCUGAGGAAAACAAGUGCGAGCUCGCCGAGAUCCGGAGUGAGGUGAGUGGCGCUCGCAUGGACGCCAAGUUUUGCCCCUAUGAUCCCAACAUCGUGUCUUUUGUCAGGGAUGGCGACAUGUGGCUUGUCAACCGAGGCACUCACAAGGAAAAGCGCCUCACCUAUUCUCGCACGACCUCGAGCGACGACACCGCUUCUUCGGGGGUCGCUGAGUUCGUUAUGCAGGAGGAGUUCGAUCGCUACACGGGCUACUGGUGGCAGCCGAGUGCGGACAGCAGCAACCCCUCGCUGUGCCGCAUCUUGUACCUGCAGGUGGACGAGUCUGAUGUGGAGGUGUUCCACAUCCCCGAUGCGAGCGAUAUCCACGGCAAGACUGACUCCUUCCGCUACCCCCUGGCCGGUACGUACGACCUUGGACAUCCCACUCUUCCGUCUGAGUGGACGCUGAAGCCGUUCCCAUUAGGCGCCAAGAAUGCCAUCUCUCGCGUCUGUCUGGUCGAAUUCGACACCUCCAGCUGGGACAGCUCGCCCGUGGUCAAGUACUUGCAACCGAGCAUACAGGAGCGAUUCCCCUGGGUCGAAUAUAUCGUCCGCUGCGGCUGGACGGCUCCCAAAUACCGCGACGGCUCCAGGCCCUGGUUGCAGCUGCUGGAUCGUAAGCAACAAAAGUUGCAGCUCAUUUCACUUGAACUGUCUCAGUUCGCCGCCGAUACUGAUGCUGGGAGUGUGGCAAGCGAAGUCUCGGUGCUUCUGGAAGACAACAGCGAUAUCUGGAUCAACGUAACGAACGUGCUCUACUUCUUGGAAGACGGCUCAGGCCGGUUCAUUUGGGCUAGCGAAGUUCACACUGGCUAUCGGCAGCUGUACUUGGUCAGCCCAGGCCAGCAGGCCAAUAAGAACAGCUCCUUGGAGACGCACCUGUACGUUGCCUCGUAUGCCGAGCAAGCCAAGGCUGAGCACAUCCACAGGCUCACCACGGGAGGCUUCCAUCACGGGGCUGUUGCCGUCAGCCCAGCGUGCGACAAGUUUGUCAGCACCUUCUCCAACCUUUCGACGCCGCACGAAGCCAAGGUUCACCGCAUCGCCUGGAAUGAUGCCGCUUCUGCCGACCUGUCGGGAGGACCCUCGGUGGAGCUGCUGCUGUCCCUGUCUGUGCCCAAGUCAACCAAGGCCCCCAUCUUCCCCGCUCCUCCUCCGGAGCUGUUCUCCUUUACCAACCACUUCGGCGAGCAGGCGUACGGUGUGUACUGGCGUCCUCGCGGGCAGCACGAGGGCCAAAAGUGCCCCACGCUCCUCUACGUCUAUGGCGGACCCCACGUCCAGUUGGUCGUGAACAGCUACACGCUCACCGUUCAGUUCAAGCGCUAUCAGGUAGAGCUGCAGCUGUUUACGUGUACCAUGACGGCCGAUAGAGUGGCGUGCGUGAUAAUCGACGGUGCUGGCUCGUGGAAGCGAGGUCUAGCGUGGGAAGGCCGCCUGCGUAACAGCAUGGGCACGGUGUUGGGUCUGCAGCACCUCAUGAAAACGGAGCAGUUCAUCGAUCCCGCUCGCAUUGGAGUUACGGGCUGGUCUUAUGGUGGAUACCUCAGCCUAUGCUUCCUUGCUCAACGCCCCGACUUUUUCAAGGUUGCAAUUGCUGGCGGGCCUGUAACUCUGUGGGAAGCCUACGACACGGGAUACACCGAGCGCUACAUGGAUACGCCGCAACAUAACCCCGAAGGCUACUCCAAGGGAUCGGUGCUCAACAUGGUCUCGGGAUUCCCUGACGAGGACAACCGGCUGCUGAUUAUCCAUGGCCUCAUCGACGAAAAUGUGCACUUCUGCCACACGGCCAAGCUGAUAGACGAGCUCAGCAAAGCGGGCAAGCCCUACCAGCUGCAGGUGUUCCCCAGCGAGAGGCAUGGCGUGCGUACGCCUCAUGCGAGCAAGCACCUGGAGAUCGCCCUCGUAUCCUUUGUGCUGAACCACCUCUGA